UGAGCGCAGAGCCUCUGGCUAGGCUAGGGAAGCUGCAUAGCUACGCUCCGGCCGCAGCGAUGGGCCGUGAACCUGCGGGGGCGCGGACCUGCCUUGAGAAGCGGCUGGGGGAGAAAACAGCGGGGACCCAGCCUCGACUCUGAGCUGCCCCGGGGCUGCGCGAGCGCGGCGCACCGAGAGAGCCCCUGGCCACUUCUAGGAGGGAACCUGAGGGACGAGCGGCCCGUGUGGCCUGCAUCCCGAUCCCAGGGCGCCGUAAUCCGGCCCCGAGCAUCUCGGGGGUCAAGGAGCGUCUUCCGAGGACCCCCGGGGCCCAGCGCUGCCGCUAACGAGCCCCGGGGUGCCCCCUGGAUGGCCGAGCUGCCCCGUCGCCGGCCGCCCAGGCGCCGCAGCGGCUGAGGUCGCUGGGAUCGCCGGCCGCUGCCCCCACCGCCGGCCCCUGCAUGCCCGGCGCCCGGGUCGCAGCCCACCUGGACGCUCUGGGCCCCCUGGUCUCCUACGUGCAGCCACCGCUGCUGCCCUCUAUGUUCUACGUGGGCCUGUUCUUCGUCAAUGUGCUGAUCCUCUACUACGCCUUCCUCAUGGAAUACAUCGUCCUCAACGUGGGCCUCGUCUUUCUGCCCGAGGACUUGGAUCAGGCGCUGGUGGACCUCGGCGUACUCUCGGAUCCCGGUUCUGGCCUUUAUGAUGCUGACUCGGAGCUCGAUGUCUUUGAUGGAUAUUUGGAAUAAGGUUUUCACUACUGCUCCCCCACUUGCCCUCCACCAUCCUCAACUCUUGGCCUUGACCAGCCGCCCAUAUCAUGCCACUGCCACUAGUUGUGGGCACCAUCUAGACCGGCAUGAGACCCCAGGAAGAGGCCCGUCUGCUCGUGCCAACAACCAGGUUCCUGCCCCAGCCCAGGAGUGUGCCAGGAGAGGUGGGGACCCAGUGCCAAGAUGGUACAGUUGCCAGGCCCUACAGGAAGGAGAAGGGCUCCAAAGACCUCACCUACCACCCAGUUCUCAGAUGUCCUGGAUCUGGCUUGUAACUCUCCGCCUUUGUGAUGGAUGUUUACAGGAAUCCAGCCAGAGGUCACCUCUCUGCACUUCACCCCCAACUGCACCUGCCUCCCCCACUUAACCUCUGGAAAGGACACAGAGAGCUGAAGUGGGAUGCAAACAGACUCAUACGUAGGCCACCCCCUCCGGCGUCAUUUGAUGCAUUUGAGCCUUAAGUCUGGGUGGCUUCAUCCCCAAAACUGUUGAUCACAGUUUUAGGGAGUCACUCUGAAGAGGGAUGUGCCAAGGCCCAGGGUGGGGGUUAGCCUCUCCAGGUUGACAGAACUGAGAUGCCACUGGGGAAGGCUGUCUCUGGCUAGAAGUCUAUUUUUGGAAGUGUGAGUGGUAUAGAAAGUGUGAGUGAUGUAGAUACUUGAUUUCCAUAAACCUGUAAAAGCAA